AACCUUUUCACAACUACUACUUCUUUCCAACUUCAUAAUAUCAAUAAUCCGCUUCAACCCUUCUCAAUUUCCAAUUCCAUCCACUUCUUGGCCCUGUCUCCGCGUUUUCUUCUUCUCUUCAACUGACUCAGUUUAAUGAACCGAAUGGAACACGAAAAAGCUGCAAUCUUGGAAGCAAUAUCGGUAGACGAAAUUGAGAUACCAAUUGUAUCAGAAAGACUUGAUUUAAUUCCAAUGACAACAAUGUCAUCUAGCAACAAUUCUGUUUGUAGGUUUUCCAGAAAGGAAAAAAAUGUUUGUGCAUCAAAUGAAUCGGUGAAGAAACUUUCUUUGCUUAUAGUUUUCUAUGCUAUUGUUAUGGUUGUUGAACUUAUUGGGGGUUUGAAAGCUCAUAGUUUAUCUGUUAUCAGUGAUGCUGCGCAUUUGCUUUCUGAUAUAGCCGGAUUUGCUAUCUCUCUCUUUGCGGUGUGGGCUUCGGGUUGGGAAGCCACACCUCAUCAAUCCUUUGGAUACAAUCGUCUCGAGGUUUUGGGUGCUCUUUUAUCUGUUCAGCUAAUUUGGUUUAUUUCUGGUUUUUUAAUAUAUGAAGCAUUUGGUAGACUUGUUUAUAGAAAUGCUAGUGUGAAUGGAAAACUCAUGUUUGCAAUAGCAACAUUUGGAUUUGUUCUUAAUUGUAUCAUGGUUUUAUGGCUUGGUCAUGAUCAUAGUCAUCAUCAUGGUUUUGGACGCUCAGAUCAUGAUCAUAGCCAUCACCAUGAAGCCACGGAUCACGAACAUAGCCAUCACCAUGGUCAUGAUCAUAGUCAUCAUCAGUGCGGUGAAGACUCGGCUCAUGACCAUGGGACGGAGGAACUACCUAAAAUAAUUGAUGAGGAGAAUCUUACAAUGCUUUCAAAUGGUGAGAGGAAUAUCAAUGUUUUGAACAUAAAUAUUCAAGGAGCCUAUUUGCAUGUCAUGACUGAUAUGAUUCAAUCUAUCGGAGUAAUGAUUGCUGGAGGCGUAAUAUGGGCAAAACCGGAAUGGUUUAUGGUUGAUCUCUUAUGUACUCUCAUAUUCUCAGUUUUAUCUUUAAGUACUACUCUGCCGAUGCUUAGGAAUAUUUUUGGCAUUCUGAUGGAAAGAACACCUAGUGAGAUUAAUAUCAUUCAGCUGGAAAAUGGUCUUAGAAGUAUCAAGGGAGUGCAGGAGGUUCAUGACUUGCACGUUUGGGCUAUAACAGUUGGAAAAUUGUUUUUAUCAUGUCAUGUAGUGGCUGAGCCUGGCAUCAGUUCCAUUCAUUUACUUGAUAAGAUUAAACAUUAUUGUGAAAACACUUAUCAAAUACAACAUGUAACCAUACAAAUUGAGUAAUAGUAUAUUCAUUCUUUUUUGUUCCA